AUGGAAGAGAUGAUUGUCGCGCGCGGACAGUCUUCGCGGAACUCGAGAUCUCCAGGCUCGGCUUCCACGCGGGUGCCGGCAAGCUUGCUAUGCUAUGCGCCUUUGAUAUUCCGUGGUAGAAGGUCUCCAACAUGUGCUCGCAUUAAUCUGAUCCAGCUUCGAGACAAAACUGUACGCCCUAGUUACAGAGAUGAAAGGGCUCAACUCGGACUGUUCUCCGAAGCACGAUACUCGGCUGAGACGACAGCUGUCAUUGCAUUGGUCACGGGAACCGUCACACUCUACUCCGCGCGGAUGGAGGAUGACGGCUGUCUGGUGGCUACUGUUCUUCCACGUCUUUGGCGCAACACGACCAUGAUCCACGCAAAUAGAAUGCCGAAAUCGAGGGACUACAACGACCCUCAACCACGGAAACACCACCAUGUCAUACACUCAUCAUCUCAAAGCACGUACGUCGAUCCACAUACGCGUCCCAUCACUACUACACCUCAUCGACAUACAAAAUUCCUAAACCAUGCCUCGAAGCCGAAGCCGAAACCGAACCCACACCCUAGGCGAAGGCCGAAGGCGAAGCAAACCCCGAAGUCGCGAGCCCCGCCCGGCACCCACCAGCCGGACGUCAUGAGGGGAUACAAAGCCACCGCCAUGAACCCAAAUGCCUCGGAUGAGGCCAGGCAGCACGCGCAGGAGCAGCUAGAUAGAUACCUCGAUAAAUACGAGAGUGCCGAGGGCGGGAGUCAGAGUUGA